CAUCACCACCGCGUCUUAACGAUUUCCUUCGUUUGUAGCGGUAUAUAAUUUCUUUCUCUUUCUCUCCUCCGAACCGCUGCACUCAACUUUAGUACUAUACAAUGCAGAAACCACAAUUAGAACUUCCACUCGUGCUGUCAGCUUUGGCUAUCUUCCGGAGCCCUGCUGAGUUGCGUGCAGUUGUGAAGAAUUUCUAUACCAACGACGCCUCUUUGCACCACCCUUUCGGGAUCGUAGAGCACGGAGAAAACUCAAGCCAGAAAAUCAUGGGCAUGUACGAGUGGUGCCGUAUCAUCAGCCCAUUCACUGCCAGCCGUGCGAAUGCAGUGUUUUAUGAUGGGAAUCACCAUGUCCUUGUCGCCGACAUAACUCGGACCUUUCACGUUCGAGUCAGUCCCUUCAAGGAGGCCCGUUCUCGCCACAUUAUCCGUAUUAAGCUCCAGGAGCGAGACAAGUUAUUCUAUAUCUAUUCCCAAGAAGAAUUAUUGCACCCCAUGGACUUGAUGAACUCAGUUCUGCCACCUCUUACUCCGCUGGUCCGGCUUGCACUUGUCUUCUUCGCAUUGAUGGGGGUCAUGUGCUCCAAGAUGUGGGUCUUCAGCUUGCUCCUGUGGGCGAAACUUUUCGGUAUAGGUAGCGACAUUCAGAGAGGCAAAGUGAAAUCGGGCUUAACGAGGUUGGUGCAACCUGAAGACCAGGAGACAGUAUAUGCGAUAUUGAAGACUACGCAAUACGGACCGUCCGGAGGUAACGCGAACAGUUGAACGCUAGCGCAGCAUGCACACUCCAGCUUUGGCAUCUCUAGUUUAUCGUUUUCAUUAUCAUUCCCAGCUGUACUUUAUGCAGGAUCGAGACUCGCCACUGUACUUUUAUCACCAAUACUUAGAAACUGUAUUUUCAGACGCAGUCAUGGUUGUCGCUUUUGUACUAUGUUAAGACGUUGCAUUA